CGUGUUUAUUUAUCUCUAUUUGUAGAAGAAAUGAGAAGUACAAACAACGCCAUACACACACUCCCCUCACUCUGGCAUGUCGACCGCAGGCUCCUCGUCAUUGCCAACAACGCGCUCAAGGACAUUGCUCUUUAUCUCAUUUCGCGAUUCAAGAGCACCCUCAACACGUUUCUCUCGCUUACACUCAUCCUAUUCAGAUGAUCCAUACACCGCUGACGAUGAAAAUGAAACACUCAUACACGCAACCUCCGCCGCACAUCUCGCACUUGACGCUGAGUUGCCUCCAAAAUGGGUCGAUCUUUCAGAACAAGUCGAGGAGAUCUUAGGCGGGACGCAAGCUAAAAUUGUCGCUUUGGAGAAGCUUCAUGCAAAGCAUGUUCUCCCCGGCUUUGCGGACCGGACAGCAGAGGAGCGAGAAAUCGAAGCGGCGACCACCGAAAUCACCAAAGAUUUUAGACGAUGCCACACUUUGAUUCAACGUAUUGGUGUUGAACAGGGUCACUCAUUUCCCCCUUCUACUCACCAAACUCAGUUUCGGGUCCUCGCGGCCAAAAAUGUGCAACGAGGCCUAGCCGCGAGGGUCCAAGAACUCAGUUCAUCCUUCCGCAAGAAACAGCGUGUCUAUAUGGAACGUCUACAAGGGCACGCGAUUAAGAAUCAAGAUCUCCUGAUUGCGUCAGGGACUAUUUCUUCAAGAGGAUCCGAGGGCUUGACUGCUGCUGAUGAAGAUGUAGAAGCUGCGCAAGCACAGAUUCUAGAUAACACGCAGGAUCACGAUCACCGUGCCCGUGACCGGGAGUUGGCGGAAAUUGCAAACUCGAUAGCCUCUCUAGCUGAAUUGUUCAAGGAUUUGUCCGUCCUCGUGAUAGAUCAAGGGACCCUUCUUGACAGUAUUGAGUAUAACAUUGAACAGACUUCGGUAGAAACGGCCGAAGCUGUGAAAGAGUUAAAUCAUGCAACACGAUACCAGAAGAAUACGGGCCGUCGGAAGCUUAUUUUCCUUCUCCUAUUGAUCAUUUUUGGGUUAAUCGUUGUCCUAAUUUUCAAACCUCGUCGGUCAUCCUCAGGUUCUCCGCCUACUCAAGAUUCAACUACCUUCACGGAUACUUUUGUCCCACGUUACUUUCAUGCACGGACACCCCUCAGCCUUUACGUACCGAAUAAUACUUGAUUGAGGGUCUACGUUACCCUGAACGGCAU